AUGGACUCCAUCAUCGAGACCGCCAGACAAACCCACGAGGAGAUUGAAAGAUAUGAGCAAGCUCUUGCCGAGGUCCUCAUGCAGAACCCCACUGCUCAACGCAACAUCACACGUAGAGAUAGAAAGGCAGCAGAGAUACUCACUCGAGUGGGCGAGCUUCGUUCUGAUCUGCUAGAGCAAUAUGAGGACUUGCCUGGGCUGAGACCUAUCGAGCUAUCUCUCUUGUCCGCUCCUCCUCCCGGCAAAGACGAUCUUGCAGAAUUCUACUCCCGAUUUGAGAAAAUCAAGGAUUUUCACAAACGAAACCCAGGUAUCAACGCCAGGGCCUUCAUCAACGAUCUGGACGAGUUGGUCAAGGGCGAUGGGAUGCAAGUGGUCGAGGUUGAGGGUGACGAUGAGCCUACGGUCAUUGAUCCUCUCGACUCCGUGUUCUCUGGUGAAGAGAGCUACGGCAAGCAUUUGGACCUUUAUCAAUCUCAUACCCAAUAUCUCAAUCUUCGUGGAUCCGUUCGGCUCUCUUAUAUCGCAUACCUCGACAUGCUUAAACAUGGCAAGGUAGAGCGGACCCUCGAUCUCAAAGAGAAACUCCUUCCACAAUACAUCGAAUAUGUUCAAACCCUCUACAACUAUCUCGUAUCCUUCUUCGAACGUGCUCUACCCUUGACAAACAUCCAGUCCAAGCUCAAAGAGGAGGAAGCGAAUUUCGCCUCUGCAUGGGAAGCCAUCCAAAUUUCAGGAUGGGAACCUGAGAGUUCGACUUCCAAGCGUGCCCCGCCACCGACGGAAGGUGGCAUAUGGUGUGAAUAUUGCGGGAAAAGUUAUGCCAAGCAGACAGUCUACGAUGCACAUCUCUCCUCUGAGAAGCAUAAGAAGAAAGUUCAACAAGGAACGAAAGUCGUCGAUCCUAAUCACACCAACGUAUCUCAUGCAUCGACCACAACGCUCAGAGAGAAGGCUCGCACACCCGCCAGAUACACAUACCUUGUCAUUGCACUCCUCGCGUCUCCACCUAUACCUCAACUUUUGAUCGAUUCACGAGCGGAGAUUGAAAGACGGAUGGCGUUGACUGCGAGAGAACGAGAGACGGAGCGUGAGGAAGGAGAUGAGGCACCACCACCGGCACCCGCGGCCGAAGAAGAGGAAGAGGAAGAGGACGACGGAAGGGUAUAUAACCCGCUCAAAUUGCCUCUGGGCUGGGAUGGAAAACCCAUCCCCUUUUGGCUGUACAAGCUUCAUGGACUAGGUCAAGAACUACCGUGCGAGUUGUGUAGUACGACGUAUCAGGGAAGACAGGCUUUCGAGAAACAUUUUCAAUCACCAAAACAUACUUUCGCCCUCCAGGCCUUGGGUCUUCCUCCUACGCGGCAUUUCCAUGGAAUUACAAAAAUAACGGAUGCGAUGGCAUUGGGUGAGAAACUCAAGCGUGAAGGUCAACAAGAAUUGGCCCAGAUCGAAAGAGCAGAAGAGGUCGAAGAUAGUGAGGGAAACGUGUACGAUCGCAAGACGUACGAACAACUCCGCAAGCAGGGCGUCAUUCAUUGAUUCAUGAUGUAGUCAAACCCGCGUUUCACUUCAUCAGGAUGCAUCACUAUCUGC